GUUGUGGCAUAUUGCUUUUUAAACUUAACAUAACCUGGGACUUUUUUUGUAUUUUGUUCUUUUUAAUAAUGCCUCCUAAAAAGCCAGCAGCAACGGACACUGCUGAUCCGCCUGUGCCAUCCUCCAGCGAUGCUCCGGUGAAUGAGAAGGCUGAGAAGCCAACAGAUGCUGCGACUCUGCGCAAACUGGCAGCUCAUCCGUCCACAGCCGUAAUGGUGAGAGAGGCACUUAAAGAGUUGGACACGCGCAAAGGGCUUUCUUCUCAAGCAAUACAAAACUAUAUUAAACACAAAUACCCUUCAGUGGAUUUAGUGAGGUUGAAGCACUUGGUGCGUAGAACCCUGAAAAAAGGAAUCGAGGACGGCACGUUGACGCGGCCUGCCAACUCAACUAGCACUACAGGCGCAAUGGGAAAAUUUAGGCUGGCACCAAAAGCAAAGGAACCAAAGACAAAAACCGAGAACGUUGAUCCAAAUGUGCAGAACCCUCCAAAACCAGCCAAAGACGGAGCCAAGAAGCCCAAGAAAGCAGGUGCGCUGAAGAAAGAGCCUACCAGCGACCAAACGAAAUCCAAGGACUCAAACCCUUCAGAGAAGUCAAUGACCGACGAAGAUGCUGCCGCUGCCCCAAAAAUUCCCCCAGCAAAGAAGCCAAAAGCUAAAGUUGCUGCAGCACAAAAGGAUGGUGAGGGCAGCUCCAAAACCAAGGCUGCAAAGACUACCAAGGGGCCAAAGGCAUCACGGAGCAAGGCUGCUAAAGCAGAUGGUGAUGCGCCUGCAUCUAAAGCAACUGGAAAAAGAGGGAAGAAGACCACAGAGUAAAUUGUUUUUAUAUCUGGAAGGGGUUUAUACUGUCUUGAAAUAAAAUCUUAACUUUUGGGUGCAUGUGUAA